AUGGCAACGAAAUUUGAUACUUUUGUUACAAAUUUGAAGUAUAUCACAGAGAGUAAUGCAAAGAGAAACUCACCUCAUAGCGCUCUUCUCGGUCUAACCAAUUUUGCUGAUUUGAGCUUCAUGGAAUUCAAGGAAACAUACAUGACCAUGAACAGUGAUAACAUGGAUAUUGUGAAUGAUGAUGUUGAUGAAUUAACAUUUAGUUGUUGCUGGGCAUUCUCCACUGUUGCCGCUAUCGAAGGAAUAGUUGCAAUAAAGACGAAGAAGCUUAUCAGCCUUUCAGAUCAAGAGCUUCUAGAUUGUGAACCAUAUGGAAAUUGUUUGAGAGGAAAUGUAAACAAAGCAUUCAUUUGGGUAGAAGGAAACAAAGGGAUUGCAACACAAGAUCGAUAUCCUUAUACAGCUAACAAGGGUGUUUGCAGAAACUCCACGAUUCCAAAUAGUGCAACUAGUCGCAUUAAAUCACAUCAUCUCGUGAAGAGAUCGGAGAAUGGUCUAUUGUGUUCAGUUGCAAAACAACCUCUGAACGUUGGUAUUUAUGCAGAAACACGAGAAUUUCAACAUUACACCGGUGGAGUAUUUAGAGGUCAAGAGUGCCCGUUGGAUUCAAUGGAUGUAACUCACUCUAUGGUAAUAGUCGGUUAUGAUUCGGUAGACAAUGACAAAUAUUGGAUUGUGAAGAAUUCAGUUGGCACAAAAUGGGGAAAGAAUGGUUAUAUGUUUAUCAAAAGGGAGACCGGUAAAAAAUAUGGAGUGUGUGCAAUCAAUGCAUGGGCUAUAGAAAUAGUCAAAAAUAAAUGA